GAGCGUGGCGGAGAGGGCAGGCAGCGGCGGGAAGGCGGGAGCGGGGCUGCCCCGGUGCCCGCCCCGCGCGGGGGGCCGGCCCCUGAGUGCAUGCGGGGCGCCCCGCCGGGCCGCCGCCGGCCCGCCGCCACCCGCCGCCCCUGAGAGACCGGCGGGGAGAAAGUUGCGGCGGUCGCCCACAUGCGCGGCCCCGGCCGGCGGCUUGGGGAACGGCGCCGAGCGGAGGUGGGCGAAGAGAGUUUGAAGCGCUCGCCGGCGGGAAGAUGGCGGAGCGGAGCUGAGAGCGGCGCCCGGCGAGCUCGGGCCGCCCCCGCCUUCCUCCGCAGCCCCCCGGACCCCCGCCGGACACAUGCAGGCCAAAAAACGCUACCUGACGCUGCUCUCCGCCGGCACCUGUCUCGCCCUGCUGCUCUACCUGGGAGGCGUGCGGCUGCGGGCGGCCCGGCACUCGCCGCCCGGUAGCCGGCAUGGCCCGCCCCCGCGCCCCGGCGCCGAGCGGCCCUGGCCCCGCUUCCCCGACGCCCUGCGGCCCUUCGCGCCUGCCGAGCGGCCGGGCCCCGAGGGCGGCGGCGGGCGCGUCUCCCCCCGGCAGCGGCGGGACGCCAGCGCCGGCCUCUACCGCGGGCGCCGCUGCCGCAUGGAGUCCUGCUUCGACUUCGCCCAGUGCCGGAAAAACGGCUUCAAGGUCUACGUCUACCCGCAGCAGAAGGGGGAGAAGAUCGCCGAGAGCUACCAGAACGUCCUGGCCGCCAUCGAGGGCUCCCGCUUCUACACCUCCGACCCCGGGCAGGCCUGCCUCUUCGUCCUCAGCUUGGACACGCUGGACCGGGACCAGCUGUCCCCCCAGUACGUGCACAACCUCCGCUCCAAGGUGCAGAGCCUCCACCUGUGGAACAACGGCAGAAACCACCUGAUUUUUAAUUUAUACUCCGGCACCUGGCCCGACUACACCGAGGAUGUGGGGUUCGACAUCGGCCAGGCCAUGCUGGCCAAAGCCAGCAUCAGUACUGAAAACUUCAGACCCAACUUUGACGUUUCUAUCCCGCUCUUUUCUAAGGAUCAUCCUAGGACAGGAGGGGAGAAGGGAUUUUUGAGGUUUAACACCAUCCCUCCUCUCAGGAAGUACAUGUUGGUAUUCAAGGGGAAAAGGUACCUGACGGGGAUAGGGUCAGACACCAGGAAUGCCUUAUAUCACGUCCAUAACGGAGAGGAUGUUGUCCUCCUGACCACCUGCAAGCAUGGCAAAGACUGGCAAAAGCACAAGGAUUCGCGCUGCGAUCGAGACAACGCCGAAUACGAAAAGUAUGAUUACCGUGAAAUGCUGCACAAUGCCACUUUCUGUCUGGUUCCCCGUGGCCGCAGGCUUGGCUCUUUCAGGUUUCUGGAAGCCUUGCAGGCUGCCUGUGUCCCGGUUAUGCUCAGCAACGGAUGGGAGUUGCCAUUCUCGGAAGUGAUUGAUUGGAACCAAGCUGCCGUCAUAGGCGAUGAGAGAUUGUUAUUACAGAUUCCUUCUACAAUCAGGUCUAUCCAUCAGGAUAAAAUCCUAGCACUUAGACAGCAGACACAGUUCUUGUGGGAGGCUUAUUUUUCUUCAGUUGAGAAGAUUGUAUUGACUACACUAGAGAUUAUUCAGGACAGAAUAUUUAAGCACAUAUCACGUAACAGCUUAAUAUGGAACAAACAUCCUGGAGGGUUAUUUGUACUGCCACAGUAUUCCUCAUAUCUGGGAGAUUUUCCUUACUACUAUGCUAAUCUUGGUUUGAAGCCUCUUUCCACAUUCACUGCCGUUAUCCACGCAGUAACUCCCCUGGUUUCCCAGUCUCAGCCUGUGCUGAAACUCCUGGUUGCUGUAGCCAAGUCCCAGUACUGUGCACAGAUUAUUGUUUUAUGGAAUUGUGAUAAACCCCUCCCAGCCAAACACCGCUGGCCUGCCACUUCUGUGCCUGUCAUAGUCAUUGAAGGAGAGAGCAAGGUUAUGAGCAGUCGCUUCCUACCCUACGACAACAUAGUGACAGAUGCAGUGCUAAGCCUGGAUGAGGACACCGUGCUUUCAACCACUGAGGUGGAUUUUGCCUUUACAGUUUGGCAGAGUUUUCCAGAGAGGAUUGUAGGGUACCCUGCUCGCAGUCACUUCUGGGACAACACUAAGGAGAGGUGGGGGUAUACCUCCAAAUGGACUAAUGACUAUUCCAUGGUAUUGACAGGAGCUGCUAUUUACCACAAAUAUUAUCACUACCUGUACACUCAUUACCUGCCUGCCAGCCUAAAGAAUAUGGUGGACCAACUGGCCAAUUGUGAGGACAUUCUAAUGAAUUUUUUGGUGUCAGCUGUGACAAAAUUGCCUCCAAUCAAAGUAACACAGAAAAAACAGUAUAAGGAGACCAUGAUGGGACAGACAUCCCGGGCCUCGCGCUGGGCCGACCCCGACCACUUCGCCCAGCGGCAGAGCUGCAUGAACACUUUUGCCAGCUGGUUUGGCUAUAUGCCGCUGAUCCACUCUCAGAUGAGGCUCGACCCUGUCCUCUUUAAAGACCAGGUCUCCAUCCUGAGGAAGAAGUACCGAGACAUUGAACGACUCUGAGGAGCGCUGCCCAGGGGGCCAAGCCGCCCCCGGCCCUGCGCGGCCACCGGCACGGGGAGCCAGACUGUGCCGCCACCGGCAAGCGCCCGACCCGGCGAGCAGCGUCCCAGCGGCGGGGCUGCCCUGGCCCAGACUGCGCCCCACCACCCGGCAGGCUUCUGUCGCUCAAGACUAGGUCGUGUACAGUUUCAUUAUGGAACAUUAAAUAAUUAUUUUUGAAAUGAUUGCUAUGCAGGUUUAAACUUUUUUAAUGAUCAAAAAAAAAAACUAUUAAAAACAGAGUUCUUUCUUUAAUCAAAAUUGUGUUGGUUGUGAAUAUUUCAAAGCUGCCGUUUCUUUCUUUCAUGCAUUUGAUUGUCAAUGCAAUUUUCAUUCAUUUUCCCAUGCAAAGUUAAACACUUGAAUCUCAUGGGGAGAAAAUGCAGCAGGUUCAGAAACAAACUGAGCACAAACAGGACAGAACCGAAGUAUUAACGUUUCUCAAUUACUGCUGACUUUUUAAUAUUUUUUUCCUGUUUUCCCCACGCCAGUAGCAGCCACUGUGGCAAAACUCCUUGGGACGAAUGGAAAACUGGAGAACCCCCAACAAGCCAGACGGGAGUGUAGAUCCUUCUUGUUGGGGAAACCAUUUGUAAAGGCCAUCAGCCUUGCCUUGAAGGGAGAGAGAAGCAAACCAGUGACGUGGAGCACAGGGAGGGCUCCAUGCACAGCAGGGAUGCCGUGCCAGUUGUGUGUUCUGGUAGGAGAGGUGCAUCCCGAAUGGCCCUGCCCCUGGGUGAGCGCCACAGGGGCAGUCAGCACGGCCAGCAAAGCCUGAGUAAGUCCCUGCUGCCCAGGGGCAGCGGUGCUGCUUAGCCAUGCACAGCAGCUAGAUUUCUAGAAACAACUUUGUCCUGAGGGCAGGAGGGGUGUUGGCAAAAAAAGAAAGCAUGUUAGUGCUUGCAACACAGGAAUUUGGCCUGUAACAAAUUGGUUUAUUUGAAAUCAAAGCACGGGCUUCUCUUUUUUUUUUCCUUUUCUUUCUUUCUUUUUUUUUUUUUUUUUUUUGGAAGUGCAAAUAGGUGGAGAAAUUCCCUCCUGGAGGUCUGACACCUGAAGUAAAGUGUGUGGUCAGACACCGGGUACUGGCGGCAGUGGGUGCUCCCAGGCAUACUUGAGGCAGUAUAACUUGGACAAAAAAACCUUCCCCUGAAGUACUGGUGUUGCUCCAAAAUGGUUUUAGCAUUUCAAAUGGAAGUAUUUUUAAAUUGAAAUAUUCAAGUUGUUUAUUUCUCUGUAGUGCUUUGCUUAUUUAUGUGUUUCUUUACAUUGAAGAAUGAAAACAAAAGCAGUGAUUUGGGCCAGAAGAUGCCGUUCCAAUUUGCUAAGAAAAUAAGCACUUUAAAACUGUUUUGAACUCUCACAUUUGAUGAGGUGCAUUUGGGGUGCUCUGUAACAAUCAUCACCCUCAAGAGCUCUGUUAAGGUCACAGCGAGAGGGUUUGCUGCCGAUGCCCAGAAGACCAGCAAGCCUUUCUAUACCUCAUUCCUUUGUAAACAGGCGGUCCGGUAGCAGGUUUGAAGAGUAGCUGGAGUGCUAGGAAGGGUGGACCAGCAUUAUCACCAGUUUAAUUCAGGCUCAGGCACUGAUUUAUUAUGCAGCUUUAAGCAACUCCCACAACUGAGGCAUGCCUCAGUUUCCUCAUUUGUAAAAGUAAUAGUUACUGGUUGUAGAGGGAAUGCUGUGAAGCCUAAAUAAUUUCUUAUGCUGGUAAGAUCAGAAUCCCUAAAUGGAAAGUUGCUUUAAAAGUGCGAAGUACAUAUUGCUAAAUGUUUGUGUGCAACCUGACAUGUAAAGACUUGCAAAGAAUGCUUUGCUUUGUGUAUGUAUUGCAAUAUUUGAACAGAGCACAGCGAGUUAGGGCAGGAACAUCAGGUUCCUGACAUUUUGUGUUAAAAUCAUGGAAUCAUAGAAUGGUUUGGGUUGGAAGGGACCUUAAAGUUCAUGUAGUUCCAACCCCCCUGCCAUGGGCAGGGACACCUCCCACCAGACCAGGUCGCUCAAAGCCCCAUCCAGCCUGGCCUUGAACACGGCCAGGGAUGGGGCAUCCACAGCUUCUCUGGGCAACCUCUACCAGUGUCUCACCACUCUCACAGUGAAGAAUUUCUUCCUUACAUCUAAUCUACAUAGAUACUCUUUCAGUUUAAAGCCAUUACCCCUUGCCCUAUUUACACGCCCUUGUAAAUCUGAACCAAAUCUGUAAAGGAAUCUGCCAAAACAUGUGUGAGACUGCAGCUAGUGAGUUGGUGAGAGAAGGAGGUGCCACUUUUCCCUCCACUCCCGUUGGUCUCCCAGCCCCUGGCCACGUAGCCUUGCCUGUCACCUUCUGCCACGCUGGUGCCCACCAGAUGCUUCUGUGAGCCCGUUCAGCUCUAAAAUUGCACAAGAGUGUCUGGUGAUUUAUUGGAUUUUUUAAAUGCUAUUUUAGAGAGUUAAAUCAGCAUGUGGAGAGACGUAUAAAGAGGCAAGAGUAGGUAGGCAGGGCCAGGGAGGGAAGGGGAGCGGGAUAUGAUCCUGCCUUUGUAGGGUGAGCUGCUAAUUCAGCUCCCCACAUCCCAUAAAAACCUGAACCUCACUUCCUUAUGUUCUUGGGUCUGCGCUUGCUGAUCUGCAGGUGAAGGUGAAGUCUGGUGGUUUGAUUUUUCAGAGUGAAUGCCUCAGGGGCUCUCGUGCCACUUUUGACUCUGGGAGAUCAGGCAGCUCUUUCAGGGACUGGAAUAGACCUUCUCCUAGGUCUCGGGUUUUGGACAAUGUGUCGAAACCCUGGAUGAGGUUGGCAGGGCUCACACUUUGCUCGUGUCCUGGUUUGCAGGCAUGUGUGUGAAUGUGUCCACAAAGAGCAUCUGCAGCUCUGGGAAGCAGUUAAUGGUCCGUAGCCAGGAAGAGGGGCCAGGGAGAGGGAAAGAGGGGACCCUACAAAAACAAGAAUUAAAAUUCUGCUUAGAUUUUAGUUAAUGCCAUUUUGGGGCACGUGGGUUGGGUUUUUAGUAAAAUAGGGAGUAGCUAACCAUUUUUGGAGUACAGCAAGCGAGGCCAAACUUUUAAGCUGUUUGACAUUCUGUUGCCAUCACUUUUAGGGGUGGCUGAAAGAGACUCUGCUGAAGCUCGCUCUCAAUGUGAUUCGAGGCCCUUUCUGUUUACAGAUCGCUAAUUAAACAAGUAACAAUGAAAGGCUUAGCUCCAGAAGGGAUGUGGAUAGGUAGGAGCGUUUCCCUUUGCAGCAAGUUACCGGGGCAUAGCCGUCUCUCUAGGAAAGAAUGUGCCUAGCAGCCAGUCCCAAGAAUGGCCCUCGGUCUCCGUGUCCACGGCCAGGGAUCCAGGGGAAGAGCGGGAUGCAGAUCCAGCUUAGACAUUUGGUGUGUUACGCUCAAUGCAGAUGUUACCAGCCAGUGCUCCUAAGGACAGCAGGCAUGCUUCCGAGCCUCCCGGGUGUAUCCCUGUUGGAUAGAGCUGUGUUGUUUCCUUAAUGAAUGAAAUCACCCUUUUGUCGUGUCCUAUGUAUGAGUUAAUGGUUCUUCUUUUUUUUUUUUUUCUCCCCUCCCCCCUCCUUAAAUCAGAUGGUGCUGAAACAAGGUUCACUCCUUGUUGCUCCUUUUGUAGGUUGAUUUUUUUUUUAUUAUUUUUCAUUAACAGCAGGCUAUGUUAGCCUUUACUUUACAGGUACUUGAAUGCCUGAUGACUUGACUGAGUGUUACGCAUGUGGCCUUUUGUAAAGGUUACUGACCUUAAUUUAAUCAGGGGUGAGAUGGAUGGAUGAAUGUGAAUAGAUCCAUGCCAUUAAAACAGAAUAAAAGUAGGGAUUAGAGUUUGGGAGAACUGAUGAAUUUUUAAUCGAAUUUAUUAAAGGGGGGGGGAAAUAGGGAAAGAAACCCUUCCCAGUUACAAUUUGAAUAAGAUCUAUUGCUGGAGGAGGGUUUCAGGAGAAAAACAUGACACAAAAAUAGGGGCAGACUUCCAAGAUAGAAAGUGCCUGGCUCUCCUUGCAGUCCCUUGGGCCUGUAGAAGAUUUUAUUUGCCCUCUUCCUAUUUUGUGAAAACACUAAUUGUUACCAUAACUUUUUCUAGAUGUGAAUGUUUAAGCUUUUUAACAACUCCAUAGUGAACACACUGGUGUGCUAAUGCAUGGCUAUUGAGCGCUUUGAUCUUUUCCAUUGGAAGACAUCAUGGAGUUGAUCAAUUUCAGAUUGCAAUUUCUUUUUUAGAGCCAACUUUGACAAAGAAAUUAAUCUUUCACCAAUGAGCGCCUUUUUAAAAAGCUCAUUUACCAAAAGAUGUCAUUUGGAGAAUGAAAGUCGUCAUUUGACACUGAAGCAAUGAAAGAGCUAGACAUAGACUAGGGGUUUUUUUUAAAUCGUUACAUUCCCAGUGUAAAAUGCUGUGUCCCCCUCUUUCUCACUCCCCCCAUACUGAAACUAGACUACUCAGUGUUUGUCAUAACACUGUAUUGAUUGACAAUAGCUUGAUUAAUUCCUCCAGUUAAACAUCCUCUUGCAGCAAGGGGUGGGUUGGUGGUCUGCUCCUUUGUUUUUUUUUUCCAGGCUGGCUCUGCUGUCUGUUGCAGAAAUGUGCCCUUCAAGGGUGUCAGCCUGACAGAGCCAUUUCCCUGGGCUUUAGCGGGAGUCCACGGGGAUGGGCCUCUGGUCUUCCAAGAAGGGACCUGCCCCACGCAGGGUCUUAGCCGUUGUCUGCUGGAAAUAAAACUGCAUCUUCCAAAAUAUUGUACAUCUCACCCUUGUUUAAAACUAAGUCAAGCUGGCCUUUAUGCCAUUUUAACUGUCUUCACACACGUUUUUUAAGUUGGGAGUUAAAUUAGGAGGAGUUAAAUUGUGGGGGCGGGGUGGGGUGGGGGAGGUAUGGGACUCAUCAGAUGCUUUGAGAUGCUCCCUCCCACUCUUCCAUGAUGUUUUUAGUGACUAUUUCACAGUGGAUUAGUGAUGAUCCAACGGGCCUUGCAACCUUGUACAUAAUUCUGUAUAUUUAUUUUGAGAGAAAAUAUGUAUAGUGUUUGGAUGAUGAGAAUGGAAACCUGAAAUGGGAAUUCUUAGGUGGGCAAAUGUAAAGCAAAAAAGCAAACAAAAAUACAAUCUUAUUUUGUAUAAAAUGUACAUUUUUGAGAAAAAUUUUCUAAUGCAUUACCAAUGUUUUCAUAGUGCUGCCACAUCUUUUUUAAAGUGUUUCUCCCUCUUUGUUUGACUAUUGACAACAUGGUGCAAUUAAACCUAAAGCAAGUGUGUGAGUGAGAGAAAAAGAGAGAAUGAGAAAUUUAAAAGCCAUAUAAUUUGGUUUACUUCAUUAACCUGUAUAACAUCAUAGGUUUACCAUCUAAGAUAGGUUGUUUUUAUAGAUAGUGUCACCAAAGACUUUUUUUCUUCAGAUUUAUUUUGAAAAGUUGUUAAUAAAGGACAUACAUUUCUGUU